AUGGAGGCUCAUGGGAGAGGAGAAUGGCAAGAAGAUCGGCAAAAUCAACGAGGAGUGAAGCUACCGGAGGCUCAGAUGUCUCGCCACCAACCUCCGCCGCCACAAAGAUGCCCUAGGUGUGAUUCGGACAGCACAAAGUUCUGCUACUUUAACAAUUACAGCCUUUCUCAACCGCGUUACUUCUGUAAGGCUUGCAGAAGGUACUGGACUCAGGGGGGGACCUUGAGGAAUGUCCCCGUUGGUGGUGGGUGCAGGAAGAACAAGAGGAGCAAAGCCCCGUCAUCGUCGUCUUCGAGCGGCGGUGAGAGGGCAAUGACUCAACCUCUAAUACCAGCAGUUCCAACGCCACCAGCGCUUCCACAGCAGAAUUUUACAGGUAUGGUGGGUGGGGUUUCGGGGAAUUCUGGGAUAUCGCCUGGGAACCAAUCUGUGAGGGCCUUGCCUUCGAUGGGUCCCUUCUAUUCUGGGGGAGAAUUCUUGUCUACUUUGGCUUCCAUGCGAUCCCUUAAUCAGCAGCCAAGAAUCAAUCAAUUGCCAGUGAAUUUGGAUGGUGGCCACUAUUUUGGUGGAGGUGCGAACACGGCACUUCUGCAGGGGCUGAAUCUUCCUGCGGGACAGAUCCAGCCUCAGAAUGAAACAUUGGCAUCACAGCAAUACGUGAUUCCGUCAAGGCCCCUUAGUUCUUGGAAUCCAAACUUCGUCAGCAACGCCACUGCUGGAACCACCAACAACAGCGGCGGAAUGGAUUCAUCGAUCAAUCGUUAUCAGUGGCCCGAUAAUCUUCCUGGAUAUCCGCCUAAGUGA